AUGGCCAGUAUGACGGGUUCAGCCCCAUUUUCCCGGGCGGUGGUCAGGGCCAUGCAAAGGCUCUACCCAAAAGCCCUCGCCGACUCCUCCUGGGACAACACCGGCCUCCUCCUCGAAGCCCCCUUCGACCCUUCCCGCCGGAAAUCCAACACCGUCCUCCUCACCAUCGACCUCACACGGGCCGUCGCCGACGAAGCCAUCGCCCUCAAUUCCUCCAUCAUUGUCGCAUACCACCCAAUCAUAUUUCGAGGCCUAAAGUCCUUGACGUUCGAAGAUACCCAGCAACAAACACUCCUCCGCCUAGCAAGCCAUGGGAUCAGCGUAUACAGCCCCCAUACCGCCGUUGAUGCCGCCCCCGGCGGCCUUGGUGACUGGCUCGCAGACAUCUUGACCGGUACAAGGCAGACUUCUCGACAUGAUGACACAUCAGACAAAGACACAGCACAACCCCAACCUAGCACCCUUCAGAACAAAGACAACAAUGACGACGCCUUCGCUGGUAAACGCCUCACAUACACCCUUCACUACCAACAAAGCCAACGCGGCCUCUCCUUCCGCUUCUCCUACCCCCCAAUCCCCCACUCCCGCUGGCCCAUAGUCCCGCAGUCUCCGGAAUUGGAAUCACAUCCAGGCUCGGGAAUAGGGCGAGUGGUCACGUUUGAGAAACCGCAGCCUUUACCUACUUUAUUGGAUAGAAUCGGCGAGGGAUUAAAUAACCCUAAGGGUUUUCCCAUAGCGAUUCCGCAGGAUAAGACAAUUUCGGAAAUUGAGGUUCGGACUGUGGGGAUUUGUGCUGGAUCUGGGGCUUCGCUGUUCAAAGGGUUAGAUGUGGAUUUGUUGUUUACGGGGGAAAUGAGUCAUCAUGAAGCCUUGGCGGCCAUUGAAAAAGGGCAGACGGUCAUAAGUUUGUUUCAUAGUAAUUCUGAGAGGGGCUUCUUGAGGGACGUGCUUGUCGGGCAAUUGGAGCAAGCUGUCCAGGAGGAAUGGAAGGUAGUGAGGGAGGAGGAGAAUGGAAGGGAGGAGUUGAAUGAAGCGAUGGGAGACGAGGAGUUUGAAGUGCUGGUCAGCGAGGUGGAUAGGGAUCCGUACGGGAUUGUUAUCUUAAAGGAGGGGGAGUGA